GCGUCACACAUUUUCAGUAUUCGUUGAAACAGUGCGGCGUCUAACGUGAAAUUCUUAGUCCCAAGAUUUUCAGUCCUGUUUCACCACCAAUCAAAUAAAGUUCCCGGGUUACUAAUGGUUGCAACGUUCGUACUUUCCACAAAUAACGACUUUAACUUAGCUAAUCGAUCACUUGUUUCUCACGUCACGUUGAUGCAUAAUUCACGACCAGCUCUCAUAGAAAUUUAAACCAUUGCCCAAAUGACAUUAGUCACGCGUGUCUGUCCUAAACUCUUCUUCAUAUUGUUAAUUCGGGUAGAUUGAUUAUUGAUUUGUAAAACAGUAUCACCAUUUUUAGUCAAAUUGAUAUUGAACAGGCACUUGCAUCGUGAUGAAAUGACUCCUUGUAGUCUAGGGUGUGGUGGGGAUGGCUGCAGUACGUGUAACCUCUCUUACACGCCGACCAUUCAAUAUGGUUUGUCAACAGUACAACGCCCUAUUAAUUCAACAAUUGAUUAAUCUAUUUCCUUGUCAAAGAACCCAGUAUAUCUUGCGCUAUAAAGCGACGAUGGGCUUGAAUGUCCGCGAACGGACAUAAGAACUUGUUUUCCUUCAUUGCUGUUUGAAAGGUUCCAAGACUAUCAAUGGCGAAUGAUCUCUUCCGAUCUCUGUCACCUGUUUUCUGGUUUUUGCGUGUAACGGGUGGAACGCCGUUCUUUCACAGCGAGUCGUCAGCUGGAAUUUUGGGUUUUCGUUGGUGUCAUCCGCAGACUUUCUGGUUUGCUUUCGUCACCCUCGUUCAUCUGAGCUUCAUCUCGGCCCAAGUGUUUGGAGGCCUUUUUACUUUGAAAGACGAUUCCACAACAGUUGAUGAUUCCAACAUCAACCAUUUGAAUAUUCGUUUAACUCACACUAUCUCGCAGGCCCGCUUUCUCAUAGAUACGUUUUUCUUAUCCAAAUUUAUUCACUUUCAUUUGGCCAGUUUUCAAAAUUUCUUUGAGAACUUGAAUUGUGUCGACUUUGUUUCGCCAAUAGCUUUCGCUGAUGUCCAACGAGCUCGCAAAAUAAUUGUCAUUGGAAUCUCUGUUAACCUUUCUUGGCAUGUAACGUUCUUGAUCUACGGAUUCAACAGCCUUUUUCAAGUGCAUCUAAAAGAGCCCAGUUGGAUGCUGAUCGUUCGAAUAUUGAAUAACUUGAUGCACACUCUCGGCCAAUUGCAUUCCAACAUGAUAGUGAUUCAGUUUGCCAGUUUAUGCUACAUGGUUGGUCUUCGUUUUGCUGGUCUCACAAAAACGUUGCAGCAGAUUAUCGUUACGGACGGCACGUUCCGUCAUACGUGUAACGGAUGGACAAAUCUCGCCCCGGAAUCGCCAAAUAAAAAUCCGCCUAACACUCGUACUUCGGCGCAAAAUCAAGUACUUCCUGACGAAUCGUUGUCGGAUGUCGAUCGACCUGUUACAGCCAUGGAAGAAUUACGUUGUCGUCCUUUGACUUUGCGUUUAGUUUUCCUGAAAACGAUUUACUUGACGCUGUGCGGGACAGUGUUGACUCAUUUCAACAAAGCCUUUGGAUUGUCUUUGCUGUUCUAUCUGAUCUCCAAAUUGAUCAGCACUUCGAUAGGAUGUCAUGGAUUUUUGCAUGACUUGAUGCAUCUGUCUGUUGGCUUCUUUUGGGUUUUUUUUAAUGUUCCGGACAUCACGGGCAUUUUUGUCCUAUUUCAAUCUGCUGAUUACGUCCGUGGCGAGGUGAAAAAGUUCUUUAGUUCAGUGGCCAAAAUUUCGACGCAAGAUCUAUCAAUAGUGGAACGCAGUGAAUUACAAACUUUCAUUUUGCAAGUGCAAGGGGAGUCUAUUGAAUUAUCCGUCUGCGGACUCUUUAAAUUGGGCAAGCAACUACUCCCAGCGGUUGCCGGGACGAUAGCUACCUACAUGUUGGUCCUAUUCCAGUUCAAUCAAUAGAGGAACCACUCGCCAUCUACUUUUUCUCGCAGCUAAUCAUCCACUUCAGCAAGGCAAGUUGCAUCCGGGAAUAAUAACAAACGUGGCUCAUGCACUUGAUGCGUCCCUUUCUCUAUAUCAAAUUAAUGUUGAUGAUAUUGCAAACCACAAAAAUAAAUAAUAAAUUAUAACACAUUCCCUACAUUUGCAGUCAGAGGAGACUAUGGUAAGAUUCCAAACUGGUGUGGAACACGAGAAACAACUUCAGUGUGCGGAUUGCUGGCCGUUUGUAAAGAACCCUACGCUUGUAUUCGUAAUAAAAUAAAUCUGUCUAACCUGGGUUGCGCAAAGAAUGGGAGGGGGGGAUCUCAACUGGGUUAUCGUCAAAAGUUAUGGUACUCGUUGGGGAAUGUUCCCUGCGCUGGGCUCUUUCCAAAACGAAGUUAUCUGAAUGGUAAAUCAAUACACUUUUGGCUCGUGAACCA